AUGAAUAACACCCUCUCCGAUCCAAGUUCCGGCACCGACGGGUUCCUCGGAUCGGGUCAUAUCGGAGGGUUUGGGUAUGGGAUCGGUGUCUCAGUAGGUAUUCUUCUUUUAAUUACAACUAUAACCCUCACAUCAUAUUUUUGUACUCGAAAUCAAACGACAGAGUUACCACCACCAAGGAGAAUACAUAGAAUUAAUCGAAGUACGUUACAACAUGAUGGUCAAGACAAUAACAACAAUUGUAUAGUCGAUAUUAUUGGGAUCGACGAAACAACUCUUUUAAGUUAUCCUAAGUUGUUGUACUCUGAAGCUAAGGUAAAUCAUAAAGACACAACAGCUAGUUGUUGUUCAAUAUGUUUAGCUGAUUACAAGAAUAAAGAUAUGUUGAGAUUAUUACCAGAUUGUGAACAUUUGUUUCAUUUGAAAUGUGUGGAUCCUUGGCUUAUGUUGAAUCCAAGUUGUCCUGUUUGUAGAACAUCUCCUUUGCCAACACCACAAUCUACACCUUUGGCUGAGGUUGUUCCUUUGGCCACUAGACCUUUGGGAUGAAUUCACUGCUCGACUAAUUCAGAU